UUGGACUAAAUGAUAUCAAAAUGUACUUUGCAAAUUUAGUACAUAGGACAUAGUGUCGCAUAAAAAAACAUGCAGGGCGAUGAUCACUGAAACUAAAGUGCAGUGCUUGAACAGGAAGCUUAACUUUAUGUGGUUAGCCAAGUGUUGCAGAGUACUUCACUCAAUACCGGAAGUUGCUAUUUCUCGUUUAGUCCCCUGUCUGGAAAGUGCGUAUUUCGCCUGUGAGUCUCUUUUAUUACGCGUAGAAAAAAAAAUCUAAAUGGCACAGGGAAAGGAUCAGUCGUUCGCCAGCCGCUUUUUUCACAGAUGUCGUAAAAGUAACCAAGAACAGAGAGGACAAGAUUGUGAGAUGCAGCACGUCUCUGAGUUCACCAUCAUGUGGGAUAAGUUAAUGAAAGAGUUCUUAGCUAAAGCCAAAGAAGAUUUUUUAAGAAAAUGGGAGUGUCCGCCACAGAGCACAACGUGCCUGGACGACUUCGAUCGGUUCAAGACUUUGGGAACUGGCUCAUUUGGCCGAGUAUUGCUGGUAAAGCAUAAAGGAACAAACCAGUUCCACGCCAUGAAGGUCUUGGACAAACAAAAAGUGGUGAAAUUGAAACAGAUAGAACACACACUGAAUGAAAAGAGAAUACUGCAGGCCGUUUCCUUCCCAUUCCUCGUCAGAUUGGAGUACGCUUUCAAGGACAACUCAAACCUCUACAUGGUAAUGGAAUACGUGCCGGGCGGAGAGAUGUUUUCACACCUCAGACGCAUCGGAAGGUUCAGUGAACACCAUGCACGAUUUUAUGCAGCUCAGAUAGUGCUCACCUUUGAGUACCUCCACUCCUUAGACCUCAUCUACAGAGACCUGAAGCCCGAAAACUUGCUCAUUGAUCAACAUGGAUACAUUCAGGUCACAGACUUUGGCUUUGCCAAAAGAGUAAAAGGCAGAACCUGGACAUUGUGUGGAACGCCAGAGUACUUGGCUCCAGAGAUCAUCCUCAGCAAGGGCUACAACAAAGCUGUGGACUGGUGGGCACUCGGAGUCCUUAUCUAUGAGAUGGCUGCAGGUUACCCUCCAUUUUUUGCUGAUCAACCCAUUCAGAUCUAUGAGAAGAUUGUUUCUGGCAAGGUACGAUUCCCCUCACACUUCAGCUCCGACCUGAAGGAUCUGCUGAGAAAUUUGCUUCAGGUGGACUUGACAAAGAGAUUUGGAAAUCUUAAAAAUGGCGUUAAUGACAUCAAAAAUCACAAGUGGUUCUCCACAACAGACUGGAUUGCCAUUUAUGAGAGAAAGGUUGAAGCGCCCUUCUUACCCAAAUGCAGAGGACCAGGAGACACAAGCAACUUUGACGACUAUGAAGAGGAGGACAUUCGUGUGUCACAAACAGAAAAAUGUGCAAAAGAGUUUGCUGAAUUCUAGUCGGUGGAUGAGAGUCCCGUCGGGGCUCACGUGUUUGGGGAUAUUUGCACUCUGCUGGGAGGUUAAGGUGGAAUUGUGUCCAAAACAAAUGCUCUGUUCUUUUGUUACACACGGCUGAUUCGAGGUCCUUUAUGCCAUGAUCU